UAGGAUCUAAGAGACCCUGACUGUGCACAUCACAAAGUUGAGGCUUUGACUCUUAAGGCUUGACCGGCCCUCGACAGAAGCUGUGACCUCGACAGAAGCCAGCUGCAGCUGAGGCACAAGCCCUCGAGGAGCCGAAGGUCCUACGGAAGAAAUCCAACCUUUCCCGUGACAGUUACCAACCCGACGGUUCUCCAGUGGGGGCGGGGCCACACAGCUAAAGGAAGCGUCCUGAGUCUCCAUGGAAACUGGGCCCAGAGGCAGUCCGAGCUUGGAGAAGGAAUCCCACGAAAUCUGCCCCCCUGGAUUACUGGUGUUCAGCGGCUGCUCUGAGAAGGAUGCCAACUUGGCUAAGCAGUUUUGGCUCGGGGCGUCCAUGUAUCCCCCGGCCGAAUCUCAGCUGGUGCUGCCCCGAGGCAGCAGUCAGCGGCUACCGGUGGCGAAGUCGUCUAAAUCCCUGAGUGAGAAAUAUUCUGGCCAGGCCUUUCCCUUUCAUCAUAACAAGGAGACAACUGCCUUUGAUAUAAUCCAAACGAUUGAGGAAUCUGAAGAGAAAGCAAAUUAUCUCGAAAAGGCCAAAAAGAGAGAUGAGAUUCUCCAACUUUUAAAAAAACAAAGAGAAGAGAGGAUUUCGAAAGAACUGAUUUCAAUGCCUUUUAAACCUAAACCCAAAAAGGUGAAAGCAAAGGAAGUUGUGUCAGAGUCAGACAAACAGGACAAAGAAGAAGUCAAAGCCUUGGAAUGAUUUGAUUGACAUCUGGUAGCAAGUGAUUGACAUGUGUUCACCCUUGAAGCAAUUUAUGCUUACAUCAGGAUCAGUAGGUAAAGGAUGUGCAGAUUUCCAGGAAUUUGACUGCUACCGAACUUCGUGUUAAAAUAGACUAAAAUAAAAUUUAAGAAUAUAGACAGAUGUAUUUUGUCAGUUACUGAACGU